GGGCGGUUGCUCCUGGGAAGAAGGAGCUUGUAGAAUAGGGAUCAUUAUUUAUUUGUCAACCUUUUAAAACCCCGAAAAGUUCGUAUGCUGCUGCUCGUGUCCACAACGUGAGGGUUUUCUACCGCCAGCUGGAGAAUGAAAGGACCUGUAGCGUCCGUCGCGGCUGUUGUGUGUGUUUCCACUGCCAGGUGAGGACCCUGGAAACCAGCCACAGCCUCCCGAGCUAACGACAUGACAGCUGGACGUGUUAGCAGCGAGAGCAGGGCACAAUGUCCUCAAACCACCGUCUGAGGGACAUGGAUCAACAGCACCCCCUGCUGGACAGGGAGGAGGAGGAGGAGGAGGAGGAGGUGGCUGAGAAGAGUUUCCACAGCGAGGUUAAGCAGCUCUGGUUCAUCCAGGACUGCUGCGGCAUGGUGUGUGCCUUCAUCACCUGGUUCCUGGUCUUCUUCGCCGACUUUGUGGUCACCUUCGUUAUGCUGCUUCCCUCCAGGAGCUUCUGGUACGCUGUGAUCAAUGGGGUGGUCUUCAACAGCCUGGCCGUGCUGGCGUUGGCCUCCCACCUGCGGACCAUGCUGACUGACCCAGGAGCUGUUCCAAAAGGAAACGCCAAUAAGAAAUACUUGGAGAGUCUGCAACUGAAGCCAGGAAAUGUCAUCUACAAAUGUCCAAAAUGCUGCAGCAUCAAACCUGAGAGGGCUCAUCACUGCAGUAUCUGUGAGCGCUGCAUCCGAAAGAUGGACCAUCACUGUCCCUGGGUCAACAACUGUGUCGGGGAGAAGAACCAGCGCUUCUUCGUCCUGUUCACUAUGUAUAUUGCUGUAAUCUCUGGUCACGCUCUGGCUCUCUGUGGAUACCACUUCAUCACAUGCAUCAGAGUCCAGUGGAGAGAGUGCAGCGAUUUCUCUCCUCCAGCGACGAUGAUGCUGAUGAUCUUCCUCUGCAUGGAAGGCCUCCUCUUCCUCACCUUCACAGCCAUCAUGUUCUGCACUCAGCUCCACUCCAUCUGCAACGAUGAGACGGAGAUUGAGCGUUUGAGGAACGAGAAGCCAACAUGGGAGCGUCGGACUCGCUGGGCAGGCCUGAGGUCGGUGUUUGGAGGUCGGCCCUCCCUGCUCUGGAUGAGCCCCUUCGCUGGACUCAGACUAUCAAGCUUUCUACCUAAGCGCACCUGGAGGGGUGGGACAGAGUUCUCAGUCUGACGCAACGUUAUUCAAACACCCCACAGAGGUUGUACCUCCUUGUGGUGGUGGUGGUGGUGGGGAAUCGAAACCAGCCACUGCAGUCAAGGAGCUGCAGAAAGUCCAGCUGGGCUUGUGGAGCACUCCACUCCUCUGUGUUGUCCCUCGAGCUUGAGGCUGUUUCUGAGCCAGAGGAAACUGGUUCAGUGUCUCUAAGCAAAAGCUGAGGCUCCAUAUCUAUCGCGUGUUUUCUGACCCUGUGAAUAAGAAAGGUGCGGGAACAUCAUCCCAGCUAGGGGCAAAAAAUAUCUCUCCACCUACUCACAGGCCAAUGAUGCAGGAUAUGUGGAGAAUCUUUGUUGCUUCCACAUGAAUCAUUCAAGCUUAUGUGAGUAAAUCAAAUUUGGACACUAAAUGUUUUUUAAAUCAUAGAUUAGUUUUGUCAAACUGUUGGGAACCACUCCUCUAAAGCAUGUUUUUGUCUGUAUGUAAUAGUUGAUCUUCACUAUAAUGAAAUGUAAAAAGCAUGACAAAUCUAAUGAAACCACCAUUUGAGUAGUUGCUGGAAAUAAAUUGUAAAUCAUGUUAUUUCUCAUCUUAAUGAAUAUUGUUGUUAAAAAAAAUAAAGUUGUUUUUAGUGUGGGAUUUUUAA